GGAUGUCGAAUCAACGGGCCUGCAAGAGGUGGAAUUGGAACGCUGAGCAUACCUGCAUGGUGGCAGCCACUACAGCCUCGCUGUGAAAUUGCACCGUAUGCAAAAGCAUCCGCUAUUGACCCGAUGAACAAUGUGAACAUCGGAGUCGACCCCGUCAGUAAAUCAGGGCCGAGAUAGAACCAACACCCGCCCAUCCGCUGGGGACCGCCAGUAGGAAGGAGGCUCAGGGGUGAAUCAUGCAAAGUAGCAAAGCGUUGUCCGGAUAUCGUGUACGUCCUGCUGAUGAGUGCAGUGCUGAUCGCAUCGCUGAAUCGUGGUUGACAUCAAGAACGCUACUUGGCUUUGGGCGGAGCGGCUUGCAGGGUAGCGAUCUGCAUUCACUAGUGAAAUCUCUUGACAUUGAAUCGCCGCCAGGCAAAAAGGAUACACCCCAAAGGCCUGUUGUUGCAAUAUGCGAUCCGAGACCAUUGCCGCUUCUGAAUCAAUUCCCGGCUUCAUCGAGCCUGGGGCGUGGGGUGUCGCCCGUGACUUGUGUCGGCCUACCUAGCCGUCGAAGCGAUGAUCGACUGAAUGAGCUCCAAGGUUGUCGUUGUUGGCCGACAACAAGCGGAUACAGCCCGUCUUUCGGGAUCGCAUUCAGACGAACAUCCCCGAAGAUUCUGGUCCACAAGCGCACGGCAAGCGUAAUGCCCUUCCAACGGCAGCAGUCGUCGGGCAUGACCGUUUUGGUGUAUCCUGCGAUCUGUCAAAUGACUCAGAAGUCUCUAUCUUCGGACACUGGCCGUCCUGGCACAGCUCGAUUGGGAUUCGGCAGCUCUCCAGUUUGUUCAAGGCACUUCGGCGAGGGGCAAAACGGAGAUUGCACAGCCACACGGCUUGAGGGUCCAGGGGUCUUGUGGCAAGCCUUAACCAUCUUCAAUGCCCAACAGGCGUAGUGUGGUGGUGUAAGUAUUGGUACAAGCCGGCUUGAUUCUUUGGCGGUAGAUGUUUCUGCUAAUAGGCCGUUGACUGCUUAUGACGAAGAAGCAACUUUUGCAUACUGACAAAAAUAGGUAGGCGACGCUUGUCAAGCGCUGUACGUAGUACCUGAGCGUGCAGUAUGAGGUGGCGUUCCGCGGAUUAGGUUUGACGGGGGUCAACGGCUCGAUGAGACUUGGAAGGCAUCGCAGGCUUUGAGAGCCACCGAGUCGCUUGCUGUUAUCCGAAUGAAGUGGCACGCCGUUCUGUCCACUGACCUUCUGUGAUUUUCUAGUUGCGGAUGGCCAGAGCCGCCAGACCAAGUUGAUGGAAUGUAUCCGUUCGGAUAGUGCGGUAUUAGUUCGCUCUGUGGAG